AUGACUCUUGUCUGUUCCUAUAGCAGCGGACUUUCUUCCCUCGCUCGAGGCCGAGCCGCGAUCGGCUCUAAGCUCCAUCAUAGUAGCCAUAGCCACGUGGCGACUCAAUGCCACGUGGCUCGAUUAUCCAUCACUGCCAGCUCCUCUGCCAGCUCAGCAGCGACCGUGUCCACGUCUGCCACGUCAGCAGCCCCCGUGGCGCUAGACCCGUCGUACGGGAGUAAGGAGGUGAUUAAAGUCGACACGCGCGUAUACCAAUACAUCCUGGAGCACACCCGAGAACCCGAGAUUCUUGCCGAGCUGAGGAGGGAAACUGCAACCAUGAUAGGCAAGGAGAUGCAGGUGUCCCCAGAGCAGGGAGCAUUCCUGGCCAUGCUGGUGCGGCUCAUGGGGGCCAGGCGCUGCAUUGAGCUGGGCGUGUACACGGGCUACUCGUCCCUCUCGGUCGCGCUGGCAUUACCUUCCGACGGCCUGCUGGUGGCGUGUGAGCGGGUGCCUCACACGUUUGCAGUGGCGCAGCGAUUCUACGAGAAGGCUGGUGUCAAACACAAGGUAGACGCACGGCUGGGCCUGGCGCAGGACACGCUGCAGCAGCUGCUGGAGGAAGGGCAGGCAGGCAGCUUUGACUUUGCGUUCCUGGACGCGGACAAGCGCAUGUACCGAGACUACUACGAGCUGCUUCUCACCCUUCUGAGGCCAGGGGGUCUCCUGGUGGUUGACAACGUGCUGUGGCAUGGUCAGCUGGCUGAUCCUCAGUGUAACCAUUUCAGCAGUAACCGCACUCCUGUUUUCGCCAUGGGAAUCGCCGCGGUGGGGUCGAUUGCCGCUACAAGACCGUCCCUUGUCCUGCGAUGCCGCAAUGCGAGUAGUAUACCCGUUAAAAGGCCGUCGCAAUCUCUUCUCAUUCAACUGCCCACGUGGCGAUCAUUAGCCUCUCCGCGACCCGAGACAUUCGAUCCGCCCAACGGACCGCGCAGCCUCUCAGCCAGCCGCGCCCGCCACGAGUUUCGCGACUCACGAUUAAGGCUCUUCAAGUUAUCACUUACUCCCAACUUACCUCUCUCCCGAUUGUCCAAUCCAAUGCUAAGUAGACUGGUUGCUUCGUCAGGGGUUAUGAGUCUCGCGGCGACUGUGCCGUCCACGCAAGAGGCAGAGGUGAGAGCGGAGGCGGUAACCUGUGGAGAAAAAGAGGGAGCUACCGCGGGCGGCGCUGACGGGGAAGACGGAAGUUUCGCGGCGAGGAGAGAAAGGAGUGAGAAAGAGGAGAUUGAGGAGAGGGGAAGUGUGGAAGGGACAGUGACAAUGGCGGCGUAUGAUGGACGGGAAGGAGGGGAAGUUAGAGAGGACGCCGAGGGAACAAAUGGGGUAGGAGAGGCUGAGGACGGCGAUCUGAGGGCCAGGCGCAGGAGCAGACGCGCAGAGAGAAAGGCAAGAAAAGCCCAGUCAACCGAGUCAACGGAGUCAACUCCAAGGGGCAUGUCCGAGUGGCGCACGCGCCCGCUCGUCCCGCACGGCGCGUCCCAGUGGCCGCAGAUCCAAUCCCUGGCCGCCACGUCAGCAGGCGCCAGCCUGUCAAUCGACGCGAUUUUUGCCGCCCUAGGCCUCCCGCCACUCGCGGACGGCCAUCCGCAGCUGCCGGUGCGCGUUCGGCAGCACGUGAACCCCUUAAAGACGUCUCUAAUGGCGCCGCCGCCGCCCGUGGACUGGGCGGCAGUGUAUGAGGACCCGUCGCUGCCGCUGGUGGUGGACAUUGGGUCGGCGAGUGGGCGGCUGGUUUUGGCGCUUGCUGUGAGGGACUGGAGAUGGCGCGCGCAGCAACAAGGAAACGAGGGCGAGCAAGGAGAGGAGGGGCAGGAAAAGGAGGAAAGGGAGGAGGGGGGCGGGUCAGAUGCUAAGGCGGCAUCACCACCAUCAUCACCGGUACUUUCGUCAUCACCAGCCACACUACCAUUAGCAUCAGCAACUUCGCCACUGCUACUGUCGCCGUCGUUCCUUCCCGCCCCGCCGCUCAACUUCCUUGGGUUCGAAAUCCGCGACAAGCUCGUGCAGCGCGCCGACACGUGGCGCCGCCAGCUGGCGCUGCGCAACGCGCACUUUGUCGUCGCCAAUGCCACGUCAGCGCUCGAAUCCGUGCUGGCGACUUAUCCGGGACCACUAGUAGCUGUUUCCAUCCUCUGCCCCGACCCGCAUUUUAAGAAUAAGCACCGGAAGCGGCGGGUGGUGCAGCGGGGUUUGGUGGAGGCGAUUGGCCGGGUUUUAGUGCCAGGUGGACAUGUUUUUGUGGAGUCUGACGUGGAAGAGGUGGCUGCUGACAUGUACCGGCAGUUUGCGGGGCAUGGGAGGGGAGGAGGGGAGGGGUAUGCUGGGGAUGAGAGGGGGAGAGGGAAGAGCGAGGGUGGGGGAGGGGAGAGUGAGAGCGAGGGAGAGGAGAGCUCCACAUAUAUCAAAGGUGUGGCAACGGUGAGAUUUGUUCCGAGCGACCUUGUUGCAGCAGGAGGAACGGGUGUGGGGGCGGAAGGAGAGGAAAGUGUGUGGCAGGAGCGGGCAGGUGGGGGGAGCGCAGGGGAGGGGAGCGCAGGGGAGGGGAGCGCAGGGGAAGGGUGUGCAGGAGAGGCAAUAAGGUGGCUGGAUCACAACCCCUUGGGAAUGCCGAGUGAGAGGGAGGUGGUGGUGCUGCUGCAGGGCUCACCCAUGUACCGCGCUCUCUUUGUUAAGCAAUGA